UUGUUUUUGUGUGUCUGCUCACUUUAUCUUUAAAUCUUUAACUGAUUUCUCUAUAUCACAAUAAAAAAAACAUACAUGCAUUUACUGACAUAUAAAAGGCAUUAGAACAACUAGAGGGUCAUAAACAAUUCAUGUUCUGAUCAUUUCAGGCAAAAAUUUAAAAAAAAGUUAUUUCAGAUCAAACCAACGUCCCGAGGAAGAGCUUUUCAGUAGCCUUCAUUGGAGUGUAAACUGUGUGUGUACGACAUGUUGAGCCAAAUCUAAAGGUGCAGGCAAAGCCAACAAGAGAAUUACGUUCUACUAUCAAACACAAAGGUCAAACCCAUUGCACUCCCCCUGAGCAGAUCAUCACUGUGCCUGCCAUCUUCCUCCUUACAGACAUUUCAUCCCCGUGACUCAUGCUUGACCUCAUACCCUGUCACCAGGCCUCCCUGUUUGCAUUCAGCCCUGGGCUUUGAUGAAGCUGAGAACAUAAAGGGCUGUGAGCAACUCGCUCCUGCAUCCAAAGAGACGGGAAGAAGGGAACAGGGAAGAAGGAAACGAGGAAGGAAGCGGAUGUUUUGUGUUAAAUUAAAGUCAAAUAAAGACCCGAUUGAGAUGUUGCUCAGCAGAAACAGGGGAAAAGCUCAAAGAUGUUGAUGAGCUCAUUUGUGAACCUGCUGUUAUGAGGGUGACCUCUGGAGGACCAGAGAGGAAAAGGGUGUGUGGAGAAGCCUCAGGCGGAAAAAAAUAAAAAGCACAGCAUGCAGGCGAGAGUGUGAACGGAUCCAACUCAAGCCUAAAAUUAAAAUCAGCGUGCAACUCGAUAUGACGUGAAGAGAACUGCUUUGUUGACAAUCAAGGCGAUGUUAAGCAACCUUGACGUGUUUGCGUCAGAGCAGAGCGCGGUUCUGGUGUGAUUCGCGUCCAACUUGUACAUCUUUUUUUUUUUUUUUUUCCCAGGAACAAACCGUCUGCAGUGUGUACUCCAUCAGGCUCGGUUUCUGUCACUCAGACAGCCUCACUCUGAAGCUGCCAGGGUCACUUUCCGUCUCGUGGUGCACAUGAAUGAAAACAUGCCAGACAUCAAAUCUGAACGACAUGUUCUGCUCUAAAUCCUCCAGGUAUGGCAUCGCAGCAGAACCUGCAGGCCGGUCUCCAGCUGCGAUUUCCACCCACAAGUUUACUCAAACUUCAACUUAAAAGAUUGAUUUUUAUUUUUUUUAAUAUAUAUGUAUAUAUAUUUUAUUUUAUUUAUUUUUUUCUCCCACAUUUCAGUGACUAUUGUGUGGGAAGCAUAAGAACAUGUGCAACCCCUCAUUGAUGUUUCAGUUUCACACACGGCCACCUGCACUCUGAACACUCUUCACGUAGCAUUAAUUUACAUCACAACUGCAAAUUAGUUUGAUUCAUUACACAGACUCUGCGGCAUUAAAGUUAAUUAGGAGCAGCAAACAAAGCCAGGCAACAAUAAAAACAGACACUGAAAAUCGUUGUGACAGACAGAAAAGGAGUCUGAUUGAUAACCGGUCAGAUUCUGUCAGGGUGCCCGGAUCAUGUGGACGUGGAUGCAGAUAUCCAGCGCUCUCUCUCUCUCUCUCUCUUUCCUCUUCCAAUCGACGUGCCUCUGUCACUGACUGCAUAACUUGUAAAAGAUGUGCUCAAUAAUGCAUGGUCAGACUAGACAGAAGCAGUCUGAUGGAAAACCUUACCUCAACAACAAAACUAGAGGUCCGGCUGCAACCUGCGGGUCAGUUGCACGUGUGUGUCUGCUUGGUCCAAAAUGACCAACGCAAGCAAAAAUGCUGGCAGUACCGAGGUGCUCUCUGUUGCGGCGCUUGGCUGUGCCACUACGGGAAACGCAACGACUUAAACACCAUGGGUUACACCGGGACGGGACGCGACUGCUAGCCGGGGAAAGUCGCUCUCUCGCGGCCUGCAGCCGCGCCGACAGCCGCUCUCAGCACACAGCACCGGAGGCUUCCGUGGAGGUGGACCUAAAGCGGCUAGAGGGACAGGACGAGGGAAUAGUGGAGGUGCUGAUGUGCCGACACAGAGCAAGGAACGCUCUCGGUCACACGUUUGUGUCACAGAUGAGGGAGCUGGUGUCCACUCUGUCCCAUGACUCAGCGGUUCGUGUAGUGAUCUUCAGGAGUUUGGUGCCGGGGGUCUUCUGUGCAGGUGCCGACCUGAAAGAACGAGCGUUGAUGGACAACUCCGAGUCCGAUCUGUUUGUCCACAGCCUGCGCUCCCUCAUGACUCAAAUAGCGAUAUUACCCACGCCCACCAUCGCAGCGAUGGACGGCGUCGCCCUGGGAGGUGGACUGGAGCUCGCGCUGGCCUGCGACCUGCGCACUGCCUCAACUUCCGCCCAGAUGGGUCUGAUUGAGACGACGCGAGGGCUGCUCCCGGGGGCGGGGGGCAGUCAGCGGCUGCCACGGAUGGUCGGCGUCACUCUGGCCAAGGAGCUCAUAUUCACAGGUAGGCGUGUGGGAGGGCAGGCCGCUCUCGAGUUGGGGCUUGUAAACAGAGCCGUAGAACAGAACCAGAGCGGAGAUGCUGCCUACAAAGAGGCUCUGACCCUGGCCAGAGAGAUACUACCCCAGGCUCCUUUUGCUGUGCGGAUGGCCAAAGAAGCAAUAAAUAGAGGCGUUGAGGUUGACAUUGGGUCAGCAAUGGCGAUAGAGAGGUUGUGUUACGCCAGGGUCAUUCCCACACGGGACCGACGGGAAGGCAUGGCGGCAUUCAUCGAGAAGAGACCGCCACGUUACACCGGGGAAUGAAAGCGCUCCACCGGUUAACCAACAUGAAGUUGAAGAAAGAUAAUUUAUAAAACACUGUUUGCAAAGAAUUUUAAUUUAUUUUUUUUCCCCCAAACCCAACAAUGCAUUUAAAGUUCUUGGUCAGUGAGGGCUGCAAAAUAUUUUUUUUACUUAGUUGACCCAAAGUUCAGAAGGAGAUAUUGUAGUAGAAUACGAGUGGGUGGGUUCUGCUGAUCUAAUAUAUUGUCGUUAUCGAUCAUAAGUAGAUAAUUUAACUUGAUUUUUGAGUUUCGUAAAAGCAGAAGCAUAUGCUUUGAUUAGUUGGAGAUAUUUUAUUUUGUGCAAAAAUAUCUUCUCUAUUGAGGAACCAGCAGCUCUUUUUUUGUGUGUUUAGAAAAAUAAAAUAAAUGAAAAUGUUGAAAACUACUAA